AUGAAGCUAUUGAUAGUCCUCAUGCUGGCGGCCCUCCCGCUGCUCUGCUAUGCAGGUUCUGGUUCUGGCUGCCAACUGCUGGAUGAUGUGGUUGAAAAGACCAUCGAUCCUGAAGUGUCUUUAUCAGAAUACCAGCAAUAUUUGCAAGAGUUCCUAGACAGUGAUGCUGAUCAAGAGGCUGUAGGUGAAUUCAAACAGUGUUUCCUCAACCAGUCCAAUGAAACUCUGCAGAAUUUUGAUUUAAUGAUGAAAAUAAUAUACGACAGCCCUUGGUGUAAGGCCUUCUAACUUUAUGCAAGACCUUUG